GCUAGCUUGCACUGUGCCGGUGGUUUGUAAACAUGGAAAACUCGAACAGCACGGAAAAUGCUGCAACAAUCAAACCAGAUGCAGGAAUACCACCAGACACUGUUGCAGAUCCGUUCAGCAAUCAGGAAUAUCUCCAAAGAAAACUAUACUUCCUUUUAGAGCAUCUUAAAAAAAUGCACAGCGAUCUGCCAGAACAGUAUCAAAUGAGAAUAUCUUACGAUCUAUUAGCUGGCCUAGCUAACUCUUUGCUAAACGAUACGAUCUUUGAAAUCGUAAAAGGAUUGAUGGAAAUUCAGCAUGUAACCGAGGCUCAUUUGAUGCAAGUGCGCGAAAAAGUCGAAAAUGACCACCAGCUCGAACUGAAACAAUGGGAAUCGAAAAUACAGGAUCCUGAAGAGCUAGAGCAUAUUGUGGCUCUGAUGAAAAUCAAGCAUGGAAAGAAUAUGAAGGAAACCGAUAUGAAACUAGUUCUUCAUCUCGAUCAGAAAGUAAAAGAUCAACAAUCUACUCUGGAAAAAGCAGGCGUUCCUGGAUUUUACGUCACAGACAAUCCAAAAGAAAUCAAAAUCCAGAUGUAUUUAUUGGAUUUCAUUCUCCGACUUAGUCGCAUUAAGUUUGAAUCGAACAAAUAGCAUACGGAUGAAUUUGGAUAAAUACUGGCUGUUCCGGAGACAGUUCGCCCUUUGGAACUGGCUGAAAUCGCGACGAGAAAAAUAAUUUGAAUGAAAUUCGCCAUCCCACAUCGGAAGCAAGUGCGCGCCGUUAUCAUCGUCACGAGCAAGGUAUUGCCCCGACCGACAGCGACGGAAAGUCUUGAAUCACCGCCAAGCGAAGCGAGAACGACAAGCAGCGGUUGACGCCGGCAGGGAGAGGCAGCACGAGACAAAGACGAACCACGCCGGUAAUUGCCCAUGCGCACGGGCUAAGCGUGGUUUGGCGGUGUGAUGAUCUUGAAAAAAAAAACGUCCCACUGUUUCUUUGCAACAGUAAUGGACGGCUGCGAAGCGCGAGCUUUCUGAGCCGGAAAGGGAGUCACAAUUCCUUUUGGGAACUGACCUCACAUUGGUACCGCCAAUAUGCGAGACAUUUUCUGCGACGCAAUAAGGUUUUCUUGUGUGAAUUGGCGAAUGUUUCUUUUUGCUCAAAUUUGAUUGGCUUUGAUUAUCACAGAAAUAGACCCAUUUCAUCCCCUCCUGAACUUGUCCAAUGAUUGCUAGUUCACGUGCACAUUGAAAGCUUGUAGCACACACUUUCAAAUCUCACCGCAUGAUAGCUCAAACACUAGCACACGGUACGCGCACACCUUCAAGUGAACCGACGGGCACAUCAGCGCACAGCUGGCACCCCCGAGAUAACCUCAUCAUCACUUAUCGCUCACGAAAGUUGCAAAUCAUCUUAUUUUUCCGUCCCAUUUUUAUUCAUAUUCAUAUACUUGACAUUCAAUUGUACAACAAUCAUCAAAUGCCAUGCGUUUCGCUAUCCUAACGAGAUAUUAUUUGAUAAA